UAAGCAAUUAGAUCGAAAUCGUUCGGAAUAACCUGCUGACCUUCAUCUUCUUUCUGAUCAUGAGAGCAAUCUAUAGUUGAAAUUAAACAGAGUUGUAAGUUCACUUUCCUAUUCGGACACACAACAGAACUUUACGUCUGUAACUUGUACUUCCGUGUAAGCAAUAAAAAUCAAAGAGCUUUAGUGUCGGGCUAGGAGAGAAAUAGAAAAUCAUGCCUGUGUUUAAUCAGAUAAUAAGUGAUGUUUCGCCUCAAAUUUUAUCAGCUCUUAUCACCUAAUUCAAUUUCAUCCCACUCAUCUCAUGUGAUAAGUUGACGGCGGUUGAACGAAAUUUUGGAUGUUUAUGUUACGGAACAUUUUGGAUGAUCAGAGCAUUCGAAUCGAAAGACGAAAACUUCCUUUUGUGUUGGAACAAUAUCUGAUUUGGUUCGACUGGAAAAAUUCACGCUCUCGUUAUCUACAAUUUCCUUCUGUUACUGCAACGUUAAUUCACCAUGAGCUUAAUGUGGCUAUGACAGGCUAAUUGACAAAAUAUAGUUUUAUAUAUAUAAAAAACUGACUAUCGAUUAUUGAUGAUCUCAAUCGUAUUGAUGGUUUUCAGAUUUUUAUAAACCAGAAAAACCGCUCAACUUUUUUUUCCAUCAUGACUAUGCUCCAAACAUUCACCGAACUGUGUGAAAGGUACGAUGUGAAAAGUGCUUCGAAUACUCUUCAUAAAAUUAACUCAAAUGAAAUUAAAGAAAUAGCUAAGCUUAUUGAUGAGGACGAUAAGCAAUCUCAAUUUCUGUUAGAAGCUCUAUGUCUUUUCAGAGAUCAGAAUGGACCAGAUGAUCUGGACGUGGCAGACAUUUCCUCUCAGCUAGGUCUAGUUCAGGUGAAUAUAGGCAAAUAUUUAGAAGGAAAACAACUGCUCCUUACAGCCUACAACAUAUAUAGUAGCCAAAAAGGUGAUAGAUAUUGGAAAAUAGCCGAAGUCUUGACAAGAUUGGGUGUCACUUUUGUCUUCUUGGAUCAAUUAGAUAAAGCGCGAGAGGCUUUAGAUAAAGCUCUGUCCAUAAUUGAACAACAAUCCGAUUGUGACGAGGUUGAAAUUGCUGAAACAAUUUACUGUUUGGGAAUCGCUUUUGGCGAUUUGGGGAAUCACGAAAAGCAAAAGGAACUUUUGGAGCGUGUUCUGACUGUCUUUGAAAAGCACUAUGGAAUAGAUAAUUUUAAAUUUGCAACGAAGCUGUCAGGUUUAGGUGCAGCUUACGUAUUUUUAGGAGAUCACCUUAAGGCUAAAGAGCUUUUGGAAACAGCUUUACCCGUUAUUGAAGCUCAUUUUGGUGAAGAUAAUCCAGAAGUGGCUGAAGCUAUGGCCAACUUGGGAGUCGUGUACGGAGCGUUGGGUGAUAAUCGUCGAGAAAUAGAACUCUUGGAGAAAGCUUUGUCCUUCUUUGAAAAUCGCUAUGGGGAACAUCACGUCAAGGUUUCUGUUGUGCUUACAAAUUUAGCACUAGCCUAUGGGAUGAAAGGAGAACAGAACAAGGAAAAAGACAUUCUGGAAAGAGUGUUGUGUCUUAGCGAAGAAAUAUAUGGCACCGAACACUCUGAAGUUGGCAAAAUACUAACUAAUUUAGCAACGGUUUACGGUGAUCUUGGCGACAUUCACAAGAAGAAAGAAGUUCUUGAACGAGCUGUUGUUGUUUUAGAAAAAACUCUUGGCCCGAAUAGUUUAGAAUUAGGGGAAGCUCUAGUUGCGUUAUCGGGCGUAUACCGUGAGCUGGGUGAUCCUUUAUCUGAAGUGAAACUUUUGGAAAAAGCUAUGUUGAUACUUCAAAAAAUGUACGGUUCCGAUCAUAUUCAAGUUGUUGAAAGCCAAAUAGCUUUAGGUUUGGCUUAUGGUGCCUUGAGUAAUUACAAAAAACAAAGAGAACUACUUAUGAAUGCUCUUCCUCUAAUAACAGAGCAUUACGGACCAAAACAUUCGUUGGUUUUAUUAGUAAAGGAGACUUUAGAAGAUUCUCCUGAUCAAAAUUUUAUAAUGGCGAAGACAUGCUGUACUAUUUUGUAAUUUUUAAAUAUUUAUUGUGUAUAUACAACAGUUUUUUUAUUAAUUAUUUUACAGAGCAGAGAAUAAAAUUAUAUUAAUAUAACCUAUAAUUAUAA